AUGCGGGGGCAGAGUGGCAGGAGGACGGCGGCGGGUCAGGCCAGUUUCUCCCGGAGAGCUGGAAGCGUGCGCUUCAUCCACGUCGAUUCGUCUGUUACAGCUCCCAGAACGCGGCACGGUGCGCUUGGAACACCGACCGGGAGCGGAAGCGGGAAGGGGAGGAGCGUGCACCCCUCCCAGCCUUGGUGCGCGCCGCGCCCCCUACCCUCCUGGUACUUCGCGAGGGACUCGCGCGCCCGGCGCGCCCAGACUGCCGUGAUGGCGCUGGUGGCCCGCGGGUUGUCCUGGGGGCUGGGCUCCCACCAGGCCGCCCCGGGCCCUGGCGCGGUCGUCUUCGUGUGGCUCUUUCUCAGCACCUGGUGCACAGGUCCUGCCAGUGCCGUCCAGGUCACCGUGUCGGACCCCUUCCACGUGGUGAUCCUUUUCCAGCCCGUGACCCUGCCCUGCACCUACCAGGUGACCACCACCCCCUCAGCACCCAUUGUCGUCUGGAAGUACAAGUCUUUCUGCCGGGACCGUGUCGCUGAUGCCUUCUCUCCAGCGAGUGUAGACAACCAGCUCAACGCCCAGAUGGCAGCUGGCAACCCAGGCUACAACCCCUACGUGGAGUGCCAGGACAGCGUGCGCACUGUCAGGGUUGUGGCCACCAAGCAGGGCAACGCGGUGACCCUGGGGGAUUACUACCAGGGCCGCAGAAUCACCAUCACAGGAAAUGCUGACCUGACCUUCGAGCAGACGGCCUGGGGGGACAGUGGCGUGUAUUACUGCUCGGUGGUCUCGGCCCAGGACCUCCAGGGCAACAAUGAGGCCUACGCAGAGCUCAUCGUCCUUGGCAGGACCUCAGGGGUGGCUGAGCUCUUACCUGGUUUUCAGGCGGGGCCCAUAGAAGACUGGCUGUUCGUGGUGGUGGUCUGCCUGGCUGGCUUCCUCUUCUUCCUCCUCCUGGGCAUCUGCUGGUGUCAGUGCUGCCCACACACCUGCUGCUGCUACGUCAGGUGCCCCUGCUGCCCGGACAAGUGCUGCUGCCCGGAGGCCCUGUACGCUGCUGGCAAGGCAGCCACCUCAGGCGUCCCCAGCAUCUAUGCCCCCAGCACCUACGCCCACCUGUCCCCUGCCAAGACCCCGCCCCCGCCAGCCAUGUUUCCCAUGGGUCCUGUCUACAACGGAUACCAUGGAGACUUCGACAGGAAUAGUUCAGUUGGUGGCCACAGCAGCCAGGUACCCCUGCUUCGAGACACGGACAGCACUGUGACCUCUGAAGUCCGCAGUGGCUACAGGAUCCAGGCCAACCAGCAGGACGACUCCAUGCGUGUCCUGUACUACAUGGAGAAAGAGCUGGCCAACUUCGACCCUUCUCGACCUGGGCCCCCCAAUGGUCGUGUGGAGCGGGCCUUGAGCGAAGUCACUUCUCUCCACGAAGACGACUGGCGAUCCCGGCCUUCCCGGGGCCCACCCCUCACCCCUAUCCGGGAUGAGGAGUGGGGUCGCCACUCCCCCCGGAGUCCCAGGAGAUUGGAGUCCCUUGAGGAACGGCCAAGGGGGGGCUGGGGAGCUGGGCGCCCCCGGGCCCGCUCCGUGGAUGCCCUGGAUGACCUCGCGCGGCCAGCCUCUGCCGAGGCGAGGAGGUCUCCUUCCAGCAGUGGGAGGAGAGGCCGGGCCUACACGCCCCCGCGAAGCCGGAGCCGUGAUGACCUCUACGACCCCGACCCGAGGGACUUUCCACACUCCCGGGAACCCCGCUAUGACGACUUUAGGUCCAGGGACCGCCCUCACGCUGACCCCAGGGCCCACUACCGAUCCCGGGACCCUCGGGACGCAGGCUCCAGAUCUGGGGACCCCCAGUACGAUGGGCGGCUAAUAGAAGAGGCCUUGAGGAAAAAGUCCGGGGAGAGGGGGCGGCCUUACAAGGAGGAAGAGGAGACCUACUACCCUCCCGCGCCUCCCCCUUACUCCGAGAACGACUCCCAGUCCUCCUCCUCCCGGGAGCGGAGGCUCAAGAAGAACUUGGCCCUGAGUCGGGAAAGCUUAGUCGUCUGAUCUCACGUUUUGUAUGUAGCUUUUGUAUUUUUUUUUUUUUAAUUUGCGGGAAUACUGGUGAAAUCCUUCCCCUUCUAAUAAAAUUUAUCAUCACAAGGUCUAA